AUGACUCACAGAAUUCGACCUAAAUUAUGGUAAAUUUUACAGUUUUGAAGUUAUCAAUUGAUAUUGUUUUAGUGUUAGUAACAAUUUUUAAAAAAUGUUGCAUAUGAUAUUGUAAACGUAGGUAAUGUAGCCAAUUUUUGCAUUUUUAAACUUUUUAAUAAAAAAAGUAAUACUAUUUCUAAAAUAGUUUUUACAGGCUAUUUAGUAUCCUAGCAGUAUCAAUAGUCCUAUUUUUCUCAUUUGAUGGCCACAAUAUUGUUAAAGAUGGCGUCACAACUCUUAUCAAUGUUAGAAGUGAUGUUUAUGUUGUAUUAUCAGCUGAUAUGAACUAUCAUUACAUGGUAGCCUUACCUUUUGUAGUACAAUAUUGGUACAACAACAACGUUAGUGCCAUUGUCAUGUUAUGUGGUACAGAACUAGAGUUUAAGAAUGACAAGGCUGGCAGAGAAGUUGUUAGAGAGUUGGAACGACUUAGUGUGAGUUGGCUUAGGAUUUUUGCUAUGACAAUGCUGUUAGCUAUAAAAGGUAUGAUGUUUUAUGAUUUACUAGAGAUAUUUAGUGUCGCUCUCAAGUUAGCUUUAAACUGCUUACAGGCCAACAUAAUCUACGUCAAGAACAACACAAUAAACUCAAAUAACUUUGCUCAAAACAUGAGAAAUUAUGCUGCAGCUACAGACUUUGUACAACAAAACCUGAGUAAUGAUACUAUACUGAUCACAUCUGAUGUCGACUUCUACCCAUUUCAUUUUGAGUUACAUAUACCAAACUUGGACAAAGGUAAAGAAGUCAACUUCUACGAUAGUAAUUGUUGUGUAAAUCAAAAAUGGAAGAACAUUUCGUAUCACCAGUACAUUAUGAUUACUAUAGCUAUGACUGUGCGGAUGUGGAAGGAAGUCAUGGGUAAGUGUAUUUGGAAAUUGUUGUUUACUGAUUCUAUAAUCUGAUGACAGUCUGGUAAUUCCUAGAUCCCAAAAUUUAAAUUUUAAAAGUUUUUUUAGAAACUUGAAUUGUUUUUUGAAAAAAAAUGUUUCAGACAUAUCACCAUUAGACAUAGCGACUACCCAAUAUAUCGAAGAUAAAACCAACGCCACCUUUGACUACGAGCUGUCAAAACACCUCAACAACAAACUCUGGAUAUGGUUCUUAGAUCAACGUUUGUUUGGUCUCAACUUCUACAAAACUCUAAAGAAACGACCAGAAUUAAAGAAACUUGUCAACGAAGUUAAAAGAGGACAAAGGUUGGAUAGAAAUGGCUGGGAGAAGAUACCACCAAAGAAGCUGGAGACUGUAGACUUCAGUAAAUAUGGAGAUGCUCACACAUCUCCGGCUAUCUACACUGACAAAUGGUGGAAGUUGAAUCUGCCGUUUUAUAGGAGGAUAUUUCCUAGUGAUCAACUAGAAGUGCUAAGUGAAUAUAGGAAUAGAACAGUUCAAUAUAUUGAUAAAAAAGCUGCCGGUAGAAGACAUUAUCAUCCAUAAUAUAAAAAUUGAGAGUUGUGGCAUAACAAUUAAUGUUUUUUGAUAAGUUUAUUAUAAUAUAGGAACAAUAAACAUAGGUUAACUUAUAAAAUUUUAUUUUUGAUGUAUAAUAUUAAAAUAAAACGCUUUUAGGCAUCUCUAGAUUGAUAUAUGUAAAAAUUAUAUGUACUUUGUCGCCCUAGAUACAGAAUUUAAAAAUAAAAGAAAAUGGUAAAUAGUCAAUUUGACACUUGUAGAUAACUAAAAAAUUAAAGAUCAAAGUAUAUAUUUAAAAACGUUCACAACACUAUAUAUAAUUUUAAAACUGUUUAAAAGCUAGCGUUUAUUUUAUAAUAGAAGUUUGUUUGUAUAUAUUAUAUUUAUAUAUUCAUAAACUAAACUUUUCCAAAAGUUUUUAUUUGUAUUACGUUAUAUGUUAACACAAUCUAUAUGUGUUAUAUUAUAUGUCAUACACACCUAGCAUUGUAAAACACCUUUGAAGUUUAGGUCUUUUUUUCUCGCUUUUUUGAAGACACACCCAAAUAAGAAAACAUAGUGAAACUCUGUUGGCAAACAAAAAAAUAUUCAGGGCUAUAGAAGUAAGUGAUAAGGGUACAUUUUGUAGUUUUAUAACAGCUUUUCAAAAUUAGUCAUUUCUACUUUAUCUAAAUAGCUAAACGUACAUUUCCGUAAACGUUGAUUUUUACUUUAUAUCUUGUGUAUAAUAUAUUUUUUCUAUUUAAAAUUUGAUUUUCUGUUAUUAUUUUUUAUGUAAAGUUAAAUUCUACAAAGGAUAGUAUUUUAUGGUUUUUAAUUCAAUUUGGUUCUUUUGCUACAUUACUUAAUAUUAUACUAUUAUAUUACAUACAAUAUCCGCCUAUUGUAACACCAGCUACUGCCUUUUCAUUUCAAUAUACCAUGGAAUACUAUAAAAAGCAUCAUAUUCGAAGGAUAUGGGUAUUUACCAUCUUUUUCAUAUCAAUAGUGACAUUCUUAUACAUAAGUGGCUUUAACAGUGUACAUACUAUUAAUAUUAAAGACAUUGGCAGUACUAAUAGUGUGUAUGUAGUUUUAUCUGGAAAUAUGAACUAUUACUAUCUGGUAGUACUUCCAUUUAUAGUACAAUAUUGGGCUAACAACAAAGUUAAUGCUAUUAUUCUGUUAUGUGGUACUAGGGAAGAGUAUGUUAAUGAUAAGGCUGCUUUUGAAAUUAUCAAGGAGCUACAGAAGUAUGAUGUAUGUUUUGGUUUUAUAAAAUUUAAUUUAUUUAGUUAAUUUAGGUAUAUUGGACUGCAAUAUCAUAAGCUAUACAAUCCCAUUACAAUGUAAUUUUAAUUUUGCAAAAAUAUUUUAGACUCACAUUGUGUAUGUACAAAACAAAAUUUUGAAUUCGAAUAACUUUGCUCAAACUCUACGAAACUUCGCCACAGCAACUGAUUUCGUACAGAACAACCUAUCAAAUGAUUCGAUACUAAUUACGUCGGAUGUUGACUUCUACCCUUUUCAUGUUCAAAAUCAUUUGCCUGAUCUUAGAAAAGGCAAGGAGAUACUCUUUCAUGAUUACAAUUGUUGUGGCAGUCAACAAUGGAAAGAUCUGGACUAUAGACAGUAUAUUAUGAUUACUAUUGCUAUGACUGUCAGGGUUUGGAAGGAAAUUAUGGGUAUGUUACUGCAUAACAUGUAAAGCUUUAAGUUAUUUAUAUUGUUAUUAAAUUUGAGAUUUGUUUUAGGACAUUAACUACUGUACUCUAAACUAGCAAGAUUUAAUUAAUUAUUUUUAGACAUACGAGUACAAGACACCUUAACAACCGAAUAUGUGGAAGAAAAAACAAAUGCCACAUUUGACUAUGAGCUCUCCAACUAUCUAAACGACACAUGGUGGAUAUGGUUUCUUGACCAACGCCUCUUCGGCCUUCGAUUCUAUAGAGAAUGUGAAAAGAAUAAGACACUCAAUGACCUCGUCUCUACAGUAACUAGAACAGAAAGACUUGACAAGUCGGUUUGGGACAAGUAUGACCCGAAAAUGCUAGAAAAUUUAAAUUUGAAUAAUUAUGACGCUGCUCACACAAACCCUGCCAUUCUUGAAGACAAGUGGUGGAGGUUGAAUCUACCAUUUUACAAAAGAAUGUAUCCACCAGAUCAGUUAGAGAGGUUGAUCGAAUACAGGAAUCGAACAGUUCAGCUAAUUGAUAUGGAUCGGGCUAAGAGACUUCAUUAUCAUCCAUAA